UAUGCUUCAGAGCUCCCCUCUUCCAGGAAGAAGCACCUACUUAACUCUCUUAUAUGAAUACAAGAAGACAAUAAAAACAGAUGAAUCUGUGGUGGAGAGAGCUAAGGCCAAUGCCUCCCUUUGGGAGGCCAGAUUGGAAGUCACAGAACUCUCUAGGAUUGAGUAUCGUGAUACUUCCCUGAGACUGGCAAAAAGUAACGAGGACUUAAAGAAACAGCAGUAUAAAAUGGAGAAAGACACAAUGUGUAUAUUAAGCUACCUGAAGAAGCAAGAUCAGGAGAAAGAUAAUAUGAUUGAAAAACUCAAACAGCAAUUGAAUGAAACAAAGGAAAAAGCCCAAGAGGAGAGGGAAAAAUUGGAACAAAAGUAUACUGUGCAAAUAAAUGAGCUAGAAGGACGGUUCCAUCAAAAAGCAAAAGAAAUUGGCAUGAUUCAGACAGAACUGAAAACAGUAAAACAAUUUCAGAAGAGAAAAAUCCAAGUGGAGAGAGAAUUAGAUGAUCUGAAGGAGAAUUUGAGGAACACAGAGCGGAAACAUCAGGAGACUCUUAGUAGGUUGGAAGGCAGGUUUUUUGAAGAAAAGCACCGACUAGAACAAGAGGCUGAGAAGAAGGUAAUAAUGCUGGCAGAGAGAGCCCACCAUGAAGCUGUUAUGCAAUUGAACAAUGCUGGAAGAAGUGUUUUUAAAGAGAAUUUUUAUCUCCAGAAAGCUCUUGCAUACCACCUGAAAGAAGCUGAUGCUCUACAAAAAAACUCCCAGAAGUUGAAAGAGAGUCAGACUUUCCUUUUACAGCAAAAGGAGAUCAAUGACCUAUUGGUUAAAGAAAAGAUUAUGCAAUUUAUUCAGCAGCGAUCACAAAUUCAGACUCUUCAGAAGAAGGUGGUAAGUUUGGAGACUGCUCUGACUUGUAUGACCAGAGAGUUUGAGACUGAAGUUUUAAAACUGCAGCAACAGGCAAUGAUAGAGAACCAAGCAGGUCAGGUAGAAAUUAACAAGCUGCAGCAACUUCUUCAGAUGAAGGACAGGGAAAUGAAUCGGGUGAAGAAGCUGGCCAAGAACAUACUGGAUGAGAGAACAGAAGUGGAAAGAUUCCUUUUAGACGCUCUACACCAAGUGAAGCAACAGAUCCUAUUUAGCAGGAAGCAUUAUAAGAAGAUUGCACAAGCUGCUUUCAAUUUAAAAAUGAGAUCAGCAUGUGAAGGAAGAACAGAAUAUCCCCAAAUCAGAACAUUUGAUGGCAGAGAGCACAGCACCAAUAAUGUGAAUCGGGAUCUUAUGGAGGCUGAGAAAUGGACAAGUAUUCAAGGAAAUGUGGAUAUUGGAGAUUUGACCUGGGAGCAGAAGGAGAAAGUCUUGAGAUUGCUCUUUGCAAAAAUGAAUGGUUUUGUUCCUAGGAAAUACAGUCAGAGUUCUAGGCCUCCAGUUCCAGACUAUGUUGUUUCUGACAGUGGAGAAACAAAGGAAUUUGGGGAUGAAAGUAAGCUUCAAGAUCAAACCUUCAUCACCCAGCAAGUUCCAGUUUCAGACUCUUCUGGUGAAAUGGUACUACCCAAUAUCCCAAAAGGAUCACAAGAGCCUGACACAGGGACCUUCUGAGAAGAACUGAUGAACAACAUAUGACCCCACAGAAGCUAAUGGCAGGCCCUUCCUUGCAGAAUCCUUGCUCAUGAAUAUGCUCAAGAAAGUUUCUUAAAGGAAAAAAAAAUUUUUUAACUCAAAAAUUACCUGUUUGCCAUAGAAAUUGGUGUCUCCCCUGAAGGAAGAUCGAGAGCCAGUGAAUGAGAACAUUGGCAAAGGCACUGGAAUGGGGACAUUCACUCCCACCUAAAGCAGAACAAAAGGACUCAAACAAAGGAACUCUCCAUUUAGAAGCACACCUGAGACCAAUUUUAAACACCCACCACCUUCCACCCCAUGAACUUUUAUUCCGGAGGAAGAAAUGGGCAUUGUGGGGGGUGAGAGGGGCAAUCUUUAAACAAGUUGCAUGACUGCUCACUACUGUCUCCACUUAGGAAAUAGUAAAUGGCUAUAAGACUUUCCUAAAAAUUCUUUCCACAAACCUGUCCGAUAUCCACUAAGUGGGAAUAUUUCCGAGCAGUGGCUCCAUUGGUAGUGAAGAUGGCAGUUCCAUUUCCAUAUGGGUUGUCAUUUACAAUCUUGAUGGCUUCAUCCAAUGUUUCUGUCUCUAGAACCACAAGAACUGGACCAAAAAUCUCCUCUUUGUAACAGGUCAUAUUUGGCUGCCAGGAAUGAUACAUCCAGAACAGAAGUCAGUUUUUUUGGAUUCUGACUAUUUUAUGUUUAUUUGAUACUUUCACUUACUCUACCCAUCAUUUACAUAGGCAGCUUUCAUUUUAAAUCACCUACAAAAAAAGGUCCUUACUGUGUUCCAUCUUCCAAGCUAGCAAUCAUAUAAACAACUUGAAAUUCUUGUUAACUAUACCAUACUCCUUUCCUUUAAGCACUGUAUUUUUUGUUCAUUGCCCAUUACUAGCUUCCUUUUUAAUACCUGUACAAUUUGUUUCUUCCAAUUAUGUUACGAAAAAAUUACAUGAAAACUUAUUUUUAUAAAUCAAAUAUAUUAAAUACACCAGGAGAGUUUUUCUGUUUAUAGAAACCCUGUGCUGUUUUUUGCAACAUGAACAAUAUAUUCUCAUUGCCUUUGCCUCCCGUUUAUAUUCUGAUAUCAGGUCACACUUCAAAACAUCCUUCACCACUGCAGCUAGUUAGCUGUAUUUGCUAAGUGGAUUUCUCCUCUAUGGUCUGUGAUAAGAGAUUCAAUAAUUUCUGCUGCACUUACAUUCAACUCUUGAUUAUUCAUGAUUACAGUGGGGAUAUAUGAAUUUCAAAAAACACCUCCUAACCUCAAUUUAGUCAUAAACGGUAGCUGAGAGAGAAGUUUUAAUAAAUAAAAAUUGACAGUUCGA